AUCAAAUUGGAACUGAGAACUAUCGUUCUCUUCCAACCACCUCUAGCGUUUAUAGCUAUCCCGUGACAAUAAACCCAACUGGAAAAGGCAAACGCGGAAAAUCCGGGGAAUAGUCCGGGGAAAAUGUCACCCAAAAACAAUCACGAUCCCUCGUCGUCCGGCGACUCUGGCAACACCAAUGUCCAGGAGGCGGACCUCCAAGAGCUGGAGGACGUGAACAACAGCUUGGACGCUCUCAGCUGUGCUCUGGACGCCGUGGAGCAGCGCACGGACGACAUCAUGUCCCAACUGCGAGAGCUGCUGAACUCCAACCGAGAGAUCCGUCGUCUACUUGCGGAGGAAAAUGACAACGCUCCUGAUUCGGGAGACGACAAUAUGGACGGGCAGUCGGGCAGCGGAACCGCAUCCCAGUAGAUCAGUCUACGAGCAGUUAUUGUUUUGAUCACAAUCAAAUGCUGUUUUUAUCUAUUAUCAUGUAUUUUUGUUCUAAACCUAAGUAAACUUAAUUGAAGGCAAACU